UCCCUGGGCCCGUGUCUCUGGCUCUGUGACUGCAGCUCUGCUCCCAGCACAGGAUCUGCUUUCCCUGGGCUGUGUCUCUGGCUCUGUGGCUGCUGCUCUGGCCCCUGUGGAUCUGGCAUGGCUCUGCUCUCCAGCUCAGCUUGGACACUCUACUUUCUCCUUAGCUCAGCCCCAUUCUGUCUGAGCCAGGCAAUUCCAACUCAAAGGAGGAUGGGACCCACCCUGGCCUCCUGUCUCCCUGAUUAGCCUGCCCGCCCUGUCAAUCAGGCUGACCUGGAGCAUUGGCCUCUCCCCACUGUUCUUGGAGACUGUCAGUCUCAGGGUCCUGAUUUCCCAUCGAACCCUCCCCUUUUGGUGCUGGGAGCUAGCCAACCAAAACACCCCCACUGAAUUUUAGUAAGGGGGCAACAAUCCCCUUACACCAGGAUUAAGAAAAUGAAUUUAAUAGUAUCAUUUUAGUCCAUUAGAAAACAUGAUCUCCCACUGUGUUCCCAUGAAUUCAUUAUAAUUAUAAGUCUGGAGUACAGGGGAGGGGAGUAGAGCAGGGAUGGCUGUAAAGAACACUUAUUGCAACUGUAAACUCGGGGAUUAAAUUAACAGGCGAUGCUACUUUUUCUGUUAACCAGGUGAAAUAGCUGAAAAAAACUCCUGAGGGAAUCUUCAGGACUGCACAGUGAAGCACUAUGUGCUGCCCUCAUCAAAGGCAGAUGUAGAUCCACAUCCUUCUUCCUAGCUCGAUUGUAUGGGAAAUAAAUUUUGUUCUAAAAACUGCUCAUCAAGGGACAAAGAGGAGCAAAGGGCACAGCCACUGAUUUAGCCUUCAUGGAGGCCACAGGCAACAGUCAGCCGGCAGCACCAAACAGCUGCAGAAAUGGAACAGCAGCAGCCACAGCAUCUCAGUUACAUGAUGCUAUCGAGAAAGGUUCAGUAAAGACAGUCUGGCAGCUGUUGAAGGAAGGUGUAGAUGUCAAUUCCAAGGUAGAAGGUGGUUGGACACCUCUGCACAGAGCUGUACGGGCUGAGCAGGAGGAGACUGUUAACCUUCUGCUGGAGCAGGGUGCUGAUCCACAUGCCAGAAAGGACAAUGGUGCCACUCCCUUUAUUAUAGCAGGCAUAGUGGGGAAUGUGAACCUUUUGGAGCUCUUCCUUUCUAAGGGGUCAGAAAUAAAUGAGAAGGAUAACAACGGCCUCACAGCCUUUAUGGAGGCUGCUUGGUAUAGGAAGGAGAAGGCCUUGAAAUUCUCAUCUGAGAAAUACUCAUACAAGAAAGAGAUGGAUGUGAAUUUGGGCCGGAUGGUCAGUGCACAACAAAGACAAGUGUACAAAGGCGGAGAAACAGCCCUGAUGGAUGCUGCCAGGAAUGGCCACCUCUCAGCUGUGAAAACCCUCGUGAAAGAGAUGAGAGCCAGCGUGCAUGCCUGUGAUAACUUUGGCAGGAACACUUUGAUCCAUGCAUUACGGCUGCCUCUGAAGAGGAACACCAUACUUAGACAAAACAAGAAUAUAGAACUGAUAGUCUCCUUUCUGCUGGACUGUGGUGCUGAUGUUACUGGAAGAGAUGAAAAUGGGAAGACUUCGUUCAUCCUGGCAGCAGAGAGGCAAAGUUAGGAUUUGGUGGAAUUGUUACUGAAGACAGGCAAAGUUGACAUUAACGCCAUGGGCAAUGAUGGCAAAACAGCGCUGAAGAUAGCUGUGGAGUACGACCAUGAGGAAAUAGCCAAGCUGUUAUGUUAGAACGGAGUCAGGGCUGAUUGUAGUGACAUUUUUGCAGCCAAAGAGAACUACAACAAUGAAAUGGUGGCACUGCUGCUCAAAUACGGUGCUACAGCUACUAAUAAUCAGCCUCCUAUAGAGUGGACACCCACCAGCAAACGCUGGGGAGAGCAACUAUGGUGUCUUCACGGUAUAAAUUCCCCUCAGAUCGGAAAACUCAACAUCAUAUUUGAUGAGUAUUACUGCAUUGAGAGCACCUCUGAAGGAGGCAUCUACCUGGGAUUCCAUGCAGGGAAAGAGGUGGCUGUGAAGAGAUUCCUUCUUGGCAGUGAUAAGGCUAAACGAGAAUCCAUGUGUCUCAGUCAUUGCCAUAGCAACAGGCAUAUGGUAAAACUUUUGGGGACUGAGACUCAUGGCAACUGCCAGCUCUUCUGCCUCUCUCUCUGUGAGAGCAACCUUGAGGAUCAUCUGAGCAAAUCUGCACAGGCAGCCAAUAAUCAUGACAUCCUCAAGACACUCUUGGAAGCAGUGAGAGAUCUGCACUCUUUGGAAUUAGGCCACAGGGACCUGCACCCACGUAACAUUUUGAUAGGCACUCGGAAGGUUGGUCCUAUAAGUUGUAACACGGGGUGAGGUGCCUUUUGAUGGAUCUGAUGGAGAGGAUGUGGCUGCAAGACGCCCAACAGAUUUGCAGGGUCACUUGGAGAUUGAAGAUCUCAUAAGAAGUUUGGUCUCCCCCCAUGGAGGAAACUCAGUUCAGUUAGGAGACUUGCUCCACCACCCCUUUUUCUGGACCCAUGAGAGCAGGUUUGAGUUUCUUGUGGACGUUGGGAAUAAUCCAGACAUCGAAAAAUACAAUGCUGAGAGUCAGAUUGUGAAAGCUUUGAAUUGCAAUAAGGCAACAACUGAGAAGCACUUCUACCAGUGGACUAAGAAGUGUCAUCAUAGUCCUUUCUGCUUGAUGGUUGGUUGGACUACUGGCCGUAUUCAACUUUUACUCAAUCUGCUCAUGUUCCAUGUCCACCAUGUCUUCAAAGACAGGAUACCUAUUGCUGUUGGCAAGGCUGAAGGAAUCUAUAAAUGCUUUUU